GUUGUUUUUCAUAUUUCUUUCUUCUUUCACUCACUAAUCACUAAUACUAGAAGUCUAGAACAAACAUAACACAUUUCCUUGUUUCCUCUUUCGUCUAUGGCUCUUCCAGAUAAUAGUAUUUUCACCAGUUGUCAGGAUGAAAAGGGAUCCUUGAAAAAUGAUGCUUCAAUUGGAAGUAAUGCUUGUAAGGAUGUGACAAAGGAAAAAGCUUUUGAUCUUCAACCAGUAUCACCUUUUUCUUCUGGUGAAGGUUGGCCAUAUGCACCUCAAGGUUGGCCAAAUCCUGGUGAUAUAUGGGGCUGGAAAGUGGGAAGAAGGACAAACAUUGCUGGAUAUUUUCAUGAUAGGUUCCUUUUUCUUCCAAAAUCUCUUCAGGAGUCAGGCAAGACAGCGAAACUCCAAAGCAAACCUGCAGUUAUGCGAUAUCUUAAAUCAAGUUUUCCUAAUAUGAAAAUUGAAGAAUUCUUUGCUUUAUUUAGCUGGAAGGUUCCCUCAAUUGAUCAAACUCCCGCAAAAGCUGUACAAUCUUUGCCCAUUACCCCUGCGGUGAAGUCACUGGUGACAGGAGAAGAUGCCACAGAAAAAAAUGACCAUCAAAAAAAGUUAAAAAGGAAAACACAGAGUUCCUCUCAACCAACUCGAAAAUCCUCCAGAUUAUUUCUGAUUCGUUCACAUUUAACUCCGGAUCAAGAUGCAAAUGAAGUUAUUGACUUGAGCCAUCUGAAUGAAGAGGCAAGAAUUGAUGCAACUAAGAAUAUAGAUGACAACUUAGAUUCUGAAAAAGGGUCUGAUAUGCAUGCAGCGGAAGAGACUGUUAUAGAAAAUUUUGAUGAAUAUCUUGAUACUUUGGAAGACAUUCUUGUUAUGCCUGAUAUUGUUAUUACACCAUCUGAUCACGUGACUCCUGCAAACUCCCGUGGUGAUGAAAUGAUGGAGUGCUGGAAGAAGAAGCUUUCUUCCCUUCUGGAUGAAGACUUCCUUUCUUUGGUCUCAUGUAAUGAUGCUAUAGAAGCUGCAACACUUGCAUCACAAAUUCGCAAAGAUCCUAACCUUAGUAUUGAUCAACUAGCAAAGUUAAAGUUGGUGGAACAAAUUCCGUUAUUCAGUGAGGCUUUUCUGGAGGCUAAGGAGAACAUUGAAGAGGCAGAUAGAUUCUUAGCUGAACUUGAGGUAAAGAAACUUAAAGCUCCCGUGAUAAAAAAUGAGUACAAUAAAUUAAAGGAUCAAAUAGCUCACAGAGAGGCUGAAAUGGAAAGAAACACUUUAGCCAUUCAAGAAAUUGAUGAUCAAAUUAGGCAACUUGAGUCAAAACGGAAUGAGAUAUCUAGGGUCUUUGAAACAGUGCAGAAGAGUAAAGUUGAGUUGACAUCUAGACUAACAAAUGUUGCUAACUCAAUUCCAACUCUUGUUAAUGAGAUUCAGCGGGGGUUAUCCCAAAAAUCAAAUUGGGAACUGAAGAAAGCUAACAGUGUCAAGCGCGUAGCUGAAAUACAAGAAAAGUUCAUCACUUUAAGAGGUUAUCAUUUUAGAGCAGGUCAGGGCUGGCUUGGAGCUAUAGUGACCGCUACAAAGGUGUGGGAUUUUGGUCCUGAUGUCGUAUUAACAUAUGAUAUAUUAGUUUUAGGGCUUGAACAACACCAUGACAUUAUCAUGAUUUUAGAUGACGAACGCCUAGGGUUUGAGAUGGAGGAGAGUAAGAGCAGCCACAGUUCAUUGAAUCUCUACCCGGUGGGGCCGGAAGUAGCCGGCAUGGGAUAUCCAUACGCGCCUGAAGACUGGCCUGAGAAGGGGGAUGUUUGGGGAUGGAGAACUGGACGGAGAAUCGUUGCCAAUCGUCUCCACUUUCAAGAUCGGUAUCUGUACUUGCCUGAACGAUUAAACCGCCAGCUGAAGGAGAAGAAGAAAGAGAUUCCAGAGUCUGCCUCCAAGCCAGUCCGCAUGCAACACAUCUUCCCCAGCAAGCUCGCCGUUGAACGCUACAUCAAAAACAACUUCCCUGACGCCGAUCUUGAUGCCUUCUUCGCUUCCUUCUCUUGGAAGAUCCCUGCACUGCGCCUCUACGACAAUGCAUUGCCUAUAGCUGCUGUACCUCUUCAACAGAUAUCAUUUGAAGAGUCCCACCCUAAUGUUGUCACAUGCCAAGCAAAGAAUAGCCUGUGCCCUAGUCUGCUGUACGAAGAAGUUGAAAAAAAUAUACCACUCAUGUUUUGUGAGAUCUGCUGCAAUAAAUCUGGGUUUUGUCGUCACUGUUGUUGCAUUCUUUGUAACAAAACUGUUUCUUCUGCUUAUGGUGGCUAUACUUAUAUCAAGUGCGAAGGGAAGAUUGGUGCGGGAAUCUGUGGCCAUGUUACUCACCUGGGAUGCGCUCUUCAUGGUCUCUUGGCGGGAAAAGUUGGAGAAAAUAUUGGGCUAGACUUCCGGUACCAGUGUCGGCGCUGUGAUAGGAAGACUGAUAUGAUUUCUCAGUUCGAUAAUCUUCUGCAAACAUGUAAAGCUGCUAAAUUAGAUGGUAAAAUUCUAAAGAAGAUUUUCAGUCUACGUGCUUAUAUGUUGUGUGGUUCAGAACAAAUCAUGACAAAGAAACUGUUGCGUGGUAUUGAGUUGGCCUUCUCAAAGCUUCAAUACGGGCCUGAUGUUGAAGAUACCUGGAAGGAAGAUGACAGUCUUGUAGCUCAUCGCGCAGAUCAUGACAAUGGUGUUACGGUCAAUGAAAACUUUUCAAAUGUUAAGACUGGAUUGAAAUCUUAUGAUUUUCUAGACCUGGAUGAGGUUCUCCAGAAUCUUAAAAAGUCACAGGAAUUAGAAUAUAAGUUGGCAGAAGAAACACUUCAAACACAAAAGACUUAUUUACUAAAUUUGUACCAGCAACUAGAGAGCGAGAAGAAUCAAUUUGCAUGUCAAAACUCAUCUGGCUCAGAUGCCAUAAGCCUCAAAAUGAAACAGAUAGAACAGGAGACCAUGAAAUUUGAAGUAAUGAAAAAGGUAGCCAAUGGUUUUGGCAGGACACCCAAUGAUAUUCUAAGGGAAUACUUUGGCUUGAAAGUCACCGAUUAAAUUGAUCAAUCCUAUCUGGUUGUGAGACAAUUUUAAAGUUUUUCAUAAGUUUCCCAGUCUUUGCAUUGAAAUGUAUUCCUAGGCAUGUACCAUUUCACUUUGAAUUCCUUUAAAUCAUGUUGGAUUAUCUGUUGAAAUAAUUUAGAUAAAUGUUACUUGUUUCGUUU